CCGUCGAUACUCGCGCAGGCAGUCAGGCUGGUUGCUCAAGCAGCACCUUGGUACAAUAGUGAAUUUGAUGAGAGGCUGCUCAUUCACAUUUCUUAUAGCCCAAGAAGGUGGGCUUGUCGUAACUGCUCAUUGGCAUCAGGAAGUUUGCAUCCAUGCGACUUCAAAAUGGGCAAGCUGUUAGCUUCUCUUCAAGCUUUUAGAUGCAUGUAUAACUUUGUGAUAAGGUUACCCAUUGUUCAUGUGGGAUCUGUAGACAAUACUUUCAGGAAUGUUCUCUACAAGGGAAUAACUUAUCAUGCCAAAGAACUGCAGAGUGCGAAAGUCUUAAUAGAUGGAAAUUUGGUGACUGAAGAUCUGCAUAGCAUUUCAGAGGGCUUUCACAAAGUCGAAUUUCUUUUACCAUUCAAGAAAGACACAUCUGCUGAAGCAUGCAGCUCUGAGGAGGUUUCAGGCCUUGUUGUAUUCAGCGGAUCAGUUUGUGCCUCUGCAUAUUUGGGUCCAAGAGAACCUAUUUCACAAGCCAUAGCCGAUCUGAAGGGAGAUAUUAUCACCAGUUUAAGAAGUAGACUUGAUAUCGUCUCUGAUGAGGCAGAAGGAGAAGCAGCCUCGGCUGCUAAUAGUAGCAUUGAAGCAUGUGAAGAUGCAUCAGCUGGGAAGCCCAUUCACCAACUCAUUUUACACGAAUUAAGAAAAACCUGUUGCCUCUCUUUUCCUCGAAGAGUUCUUGUUCCAUGGUUCGCUGGCAUCUUCAUCUGUGACUACAUGCAACCAUCAGAAACAUUUGAGGAUGUGAAAGAUCGCUGCAAGGAGAUGAUGUCCAUGGAAUCACCAGUAGAGGCUUCUGCAAUAGUAGAACCAGAAACAGUAGCAGCCACAGUGACAGAAAAAUCAUUUUGGGAUGUAACUCAUGGAGAUACAGCAUCUCUGCUUGAUGACUCCAAGAACAGAAGACAUUCAACCGACAAAGCAGGCAGUGGAAAAUCAAAAGUUAGCAGUCUGAACUUUCCAAUUGCUAUUUUUAUCAUCCUAGUGGCUGUGCUGGUUGGGUGGGCAAUUACAGUUUCUGGACGAAUGAAAGUUGCUCCUUAGUGACAGUAAUUAUUUUUUCACCCCCACUUGCUUUUAGUCUGAUGUCAUUGCUACUUUCCCAUUUAAUUUUUGAAUUCCUUUUUCCCCUUUAUUUCCUUUUUUGUUUUUUGGGUCCUUUUGUUAUCGUCGGUUGUAUGUUAUGUAUACUGGAUGAGUAACGGAGGUAUCAGUUGAAGUCCUGGUCUUUAUUAUUAUUGUCUAUUAGCCAUGUUUAUAGGAGCCCGACUCCUUUAAAGAGGAAUAUAAUACCCUUAAUCUGAAAUGAAAAUAUUGAAUGGCUCUCAA